AUGUUUGCUCGAGUGAGGCCUCUGGACCCACCCAUGAUUCGCUUGGAGGGGACGGGCGAUUUCACCAUGAGUAAUACAGACAAACCUAUAGAAAAUGAAAAGCCAGACACUGAAUCUAAUGUCAACUGCAACAACAACAACAACGAAGAGGAUAAAUGUGUCUCCAAAAUGUGUAAAUGGGAAUAUUUUGUCCAAAACUUCUCUAAUAAUCUACUCACCCUCAUGCCCAUACGACCCUGUAUUCAAGCCUUAAAGUUUUUUGGAGUUCGUUCCAAUCAUUGGCAGCAGAAAACUGAAAAGAAAAACGACCAAAGGAAAGAGAAAAAGAAGAAAAAAAAGAAGAAGAAAAAAGAGAGGAAAGAGAAAAAAGAGAAAAAACUGGAGAAGAAAAAAGAGCCAGAAGAGAAGCCCAACGUAAUAAAAGAGGAACCAAAGGAGAUUUAUGUUGUGGAUCCAGCAGGGAACACAUACUACAACUGGCUGUUUGUCAUCACUUGUCCUGUGAUGUAUAACUGGGUUUUCAUCAUAGCCAGAGCUUGUUUUGAGGAAUUGCAGGAGGAUUAUUUGAUAUACUGGUUCAUUCUGGAUUAUGUGUCUGAUCUGGGGUAUCUGGCUGACAUGCUGUUCAGGACAAGAACAGGAUAUCUGGAGCAAGGUCUCUUGGUGAAAGAUGAGAAGAAGCUUCAGAAUCGCUAUAUGCAAAGUAUCCAGUUCAAAUUGGACCUCGCUUCUAUGAUUCCAACUGACAUUUUUUACUUUUAUUUUGGCCUGAACUACCCAGAGAUACGCAUGAACAAGUUGUUAAGGGUCAAUCGCUUGUUUGAGUUUUUCCAGCGCACAGAAACGCGGACCAACUUUCCCAAUGUGUUCCGAAUCUCCAACCUUGUCAUGUACAUUGUGAUCAUUAUCCACUGGAACGCCUGCAUGUACUACUCAUUCUCAAAGGCCAUUGGCUUCGGAGCGGAUGCCUUUGUGUACCCAGAUACCUCGGACCCUGAGUUUGGCCGACUGGUGAGAAAGUACGCAUAUAGCAUGUACUGGUCAACUCUAACUCUUACGACCAUUGGUGAGACUCCGCCCCCUGUCCAAAACUCUGAGUACUUCUUUGUGGUAACCGACUUCCUGGUUGGCGUGCUUAUUUUUGCCACUAUUGUUGGUAACGUAGGAUCCAUGAUCACAAACGCCAAUGCAGCAAGAGCAGACUUUCAGGCUCGCAUCGAUGCCAUCAAACAGUACAUGAGCUUCCGAAAAGUAACUAAAGACCUGGAGAAACGAGUCAUCAAAUGGUUUGAUUACUUGUGGACAAAUAAGAAAGCAGUAGACGAGAGAGAGGUUCUUAAGUAUCUGCCGGACAAGCUGAGGGCAGAGAUUGCUAUAAACGUCCACCUGGACACUCUGAAAAAAGUGCGGAUAUUUGCGGACUGCGAGGCCGGACUGCUGGUAGAGCUGGUUCUAAAGCUUCAGCCUCAGGUCUACAGCCCUGGCGACUAUAUCUGCAAGAAGGGCGACAUUGGCCGCGAGAUGUACAUCAUUAAAGAGGGAAAACUCGCAGUGGUGGCAGAUGACGGAGUUACUCAGUUUGUCGUCCUAAGCGACGGUAGCUACUUUGGAGAAAUCAGUAUUUUAAACAUCAAGGGCAGUAAAGCAGGAAAUCGUAGAACCGCCAACAUCCGCAGCAUUGGCUAUUCAGACCUGUUUUGUUUGUCCAAAGAUGAUUUGAUGGAAGCACUGACCGAAUAUCCAGACGCUAAGGCCAUGCUGGAGGAAAAGGGAAGGCAGAUCCUUAUGAAGGACAAUCUGCUUGAUUUGGAAUUGGCUAAGCAGGGCCCCGAUCCCAAAGACUUGGAGGAGAAGGUUAUCAAAAUCAGCAGCGUAAUGGACGAACUGCAAACACGCUUCGCCCGUCUGUUUGCAGAACAGGAAGCUGUGCAGGGAAAACUGAAGAAACGCAUCACUAAAUUAGAGAAAAAGAUCACGUCCUCCAGUGGCCUACUGGAAACAGAACGGGUGACUGCCGAAAAGAAAGAAGAUGCAUAAAAGUAAAAAGUAAAAAUUUGAAAAAAGCCAUGUGUAUUUGAUUGUGUUUACA